CCUAGAGAGCCCAGCGAUAAGCCCUAUAUUUUCCUAGACUUCGAGGUCUGGGUAUGGGUCUGGAAUCUUGUCGACGAUCCUUGGAGCUUUCACUUUGUAGGUGAUGUCUUCCCUUGUAGUGUUAUAAUGGCCCAGAUUGGACAUUAUAGCCUACUGCUGAGGUCCAUCCUGAUGCCGAAUCCUUUUGGUGGUGACUACAGCUACAAUCAUCCUUGCGAAGACUCACCGCGCUGUCCGAUCUCGCUCCUGUUGCUAGGCCAGAUGACCAAGCAAAGUGCCCUGCAUGCUACCAGACUACAGGAUCAUGCGUUCCAGUCAAGCCUUUUCUCUAGAACAGUAUAAAAUUUCUACGGCAAAAGUCCAACAUCGACACCCUAUCUCACAAUAGACAAUCGACAACCAAUAUCUGGCGCAUUCCAGACAAUAAUUCGAGCAUGUACAAGAAAGGAGGGAAUUUCGGCUUGGGAGAGGUCAGUGGGGAUCUGUCCAUCGUGGGCGACUUCACCACCAUCCCUGUCAUCGACGUUGCUGGUGUCUAUAGCGAGAACAUACGAGACCGCAAAGCAGUGGCUGAAAAGAUUCGCGAUGCAUGUACCCGGGUAGGGUUCUUUUACAUCGAGGGCCACGGUAUCCCUCAGGAGCUGAUCGACAAUGUCUUCAGCUUGGGGAAGCAGUUCUUUGCCCUCACCUUUGAAGAGAAGAUGAAGGUCUUCGUCAACAAUAGACCCAACUACCGUGGCUAUACGCCUCUCUUUGGUUCGGGCAAUCCAAAUAAGGAGGGUUUAGGGAAUGCAAACGAGGCCUUCGACUGGGGACACGACCCCAAGUUGAACGACGACCCGAACGACGCCUUUGUGGAUCCUUUCAUGAAAGGGGAGAACGUCUGGCCUACGGAGAGCUUGCCAGAAUUCGAAGAGUGCCUGUCGGAAUAUUACCGUCGCUUGCGGUCAUUCUCCAGAGUCCUGGCCCGUAACGUGGCUCUCUCGCUCGAUCUAGCCGAAGACUUCUUCGACGAAGAUCUCGCUCAUCCUGGAUGUAGUGCUGUCAUUGCACAUUACCCACCUCAAGCACCCAAAAGCGAGCAAUUCGGGCUUGAUCCGCACAGCGACAGUGAAUUCUUCACGGUACUGGCGCCUGGUGAAGUUCGCGCUCUCGAGGUCUUGAACAAACGGAGGGAAUGGGUGUCAGCACCUCCGAGGCACGGUAGCUUCAUCGUCAACAUUGGCGAUCAAUUACAGUCGUGGACAAACGGUCUCUACAUCUCCACCAUGCAUCGCGUAUCAAACCUGUCCAGAUUGGAGCGCUAUUCGGUUCCGUUCUUUUUCAGCGCCAACUAUGAAUGCGUGAUCAAGCCUAUUCCAAAGUUCGUGCUCAAGGGUACCAAGAUUGAGUAUGAAGAAAUAACUGCAGGAGAGGUGCGUUUGUCCAACCUCGCUGCAGCCAUAUUUUGACAGCACUCUCGUCGCUGAUCCUGACAUCCUUUCCAGAUGUAUAAAAACACCAUGAUCAAAUUUCACCGCAUUGCCACAACCCACCCAGUAUAUUCCAAAUAUGUCAUUGAUGGCAUUCAUGAUCUUGCGCAACAUGAGUCGCAGAAGCAUCUCCGGUAUACUUGAUAGAAUUGGUGCAGGGUUGGCUCGGUUGGUAGAGUCAAAGGUGUUUUAUACUUCUGUGCCAUGAGUAACGUAAAAUAUAUGGAUGGUGGACACCUCAAGGAAUGGUCCUCAGUAUCAAUAACUAUACAAUGGAGAGAAC